CGGACUCUUCAGCCAGAGCUAUAAGACGCAGGACAGGUACGUUGUUGGGCCCCACCUAGUGAGGGCGCUCGGGGCAAGGACACGGCGACUAGCACAGGCGUGCCUCGACAUCGACAAGAUCGACGAGGUAACGGGGAGUAGGAAACUGACAGGUUUGAGCCGUGUCUUCGAUUUCUUCUUCUCCACGCUCGACCUGUCCAAUGAGAACGAGAUGGGAAAUUCAGCAGAGAAGUUCUUCGACAAGCUCCAGCGAGAGUCAGGUGAGGGUUUCCCCGCGACUGUGAUUUCGACAAGACGUACAAAACGCCCUGCACUAGAUGCCCGAUGGAAGCGCUGAAGGAGGUGGACGGGGCCUGCGAGAAGAAGGACGGGUGUGCGGGUUUCUCUGGCGAGGCGGACGAGAAUGGAUGCGACGGCCACGACGGCGAUAAUCGAUCGGAUCUCGCAGGUAUCGUGGACCAGCUGGCGAGCUUGGCGGACGAGGGCGACGCGCUGAUGCUGGGCGACGCUGAGCUCGAAGACGAACCUGAGGACGGCAUUUAUGCAGAGUUCAAGCAGACGGGCCGGAACUUCAAGGACGCGCGGGACCUCAUCCGCAGACUGAUGGUGGCAAGGGGCAACUACCCGGUCUUGGCGCCACGUCCUCCCGCAGCCCGUGGGCCUCGCCUUCGUCGCCUUCGUGAGCCAUGGCGCGGGGCCCGGCCUGGAGGGGGCCAGGAAACGGCGCGUGACAGGCGCGGGAUGAGGUGCCUGGCUUGCCGCAGCUACGGGCGCCAGGCCAAGGGCUGUCCCUGCAGGAACAAGACGUGCGGCAAGCCGCAACCCAACGAGACGAUCUCUUUCGCGCUUCCCGAGCUGGGCGAGCUGGUCUUCCUCCUGGACGACGCGAACGGCAUCCGGGCAAUCCUGGGCGGCGGGGCGACCCGGAGCCUCAUCGGGGUCACGAUGUCGGAGUUCUUUGUCUACGACGUGAGGGAGAAUUUUUGGCACCGAGUUCGACGUGGUUGAGACGAGGCGAUUUUUCACAUUCGGUGAUCUCCAGCUCAAGAGCUCCGUGGGUUCCAUGGUCGGCAACCUCUUUCUGGGGGGGCGGGCAGGAGAGGGUCGAGAUCUCUGUCGUGGACAACGACGCGCCGCUGCUGAUCGGGGUGGACUCUCUGGGGCCUGACCACGCUAGCGCCCUGAUCGACUGCGGGGGCGGCUGCCUGAUGCUGCCCAAGAUCUCAAACCGCAUCUACCAGUGUCGGAAGAUGCCGAGUGGACACUUGGCAAUCAACUUGACGACGCCGAC